AAUAUUUAGUUUCGAUAUCAAAUAAGAUUAGAAACAUAUUGCAUUGAUUCGAUUUUUAGAAUUUAAUUGCAUUUUUUUUUAUUUUGGAAAAAAUUAGUUAAGUUCAGUUUGUAUGGAUUGGGAUCACGGAUGACACAGCUUAGGCGCAUGCGCAGAUUUGACCCUAUUCUUGAGGACAUCAUCACCACUGCAGAAUGUGUCGGUGUCUGAGUAACUAGUGAAUUGUUUUGUAUUAAGGUUGCGGAUGUGUGUCCGUUUGUUGGUUUCGUUAUCGUGUAGGGGAUGGAAUUAUCUCAGUUUUGUUCGCCGUUCAUUUUUUAUGAUGUUUGGUGUAGGAUGAGAUAGAAAAAAUUGUGAAUGCCUCCUAUUUUAAUAUUGCGUAUAUUACCUUACACCUCCUGUAGUGGUUGAGUAUAAAUGUAUUAUAUAUAUAUACAUUUAUAAUAAAUAAAUAAAAUAUAUAUUAUAAAUAAAUAUUUUUUAUUUGUAUAGUAAUUUUGUAACCUAUCAACAUUUAUAAGAUAGUAUAUACCGAUUGUUGGAAUAUAUUAAAUUGUAGAUAUCUAGGCUGAUCCUCAAGUUCAAGCAAUUUUGUAUGUUUUCUUGAGAAACACACAUCCGAUAGUGUAAAAAUACAAAAAUAUAACAAGAUGCUAGUCAUAGUUGGGAUAAUCCCAUAGCAGUAUUUCUUAUCUAUUCUUGUAAUUUACCACAUCUCUAGUCUUUGAAAAUGUUAGAACCCUCGUCGUCAGAAGAAGAAAGCGAAAAUGAAACAGUCGAGGAAGAGAGUUCGGAAGCCACAGCGCUGUCUGCUUCUACGACAAAUUUGGAAAUCCCAAGGAGUGGUAGCAUUACCCGUAGUGUAUCGCCAGCAAGUGGGGUGGAUAACUUAAGCGUGGUGAGCGCAUCUCAGUCUCGAUCCAACAGUCUAGCCCGGCCUUCUAGUCCCAGUCCAUCUUUGGUUAGUGAAAAAGAUAAGGAGAAAGAUGAUGUUGAUAAGGCAGAAAAGGAAGAAGAAGAACGGAAGAAGCGUCUUCAGCUGUACGUGUUUGUUUUGCGCUGUAUUGCGUAUCCCUUUAAUGCUAAACAGCCCACAGAUAUGGUACGUCGUAACCUGAAAGUCACGAAGCAGCAGCUGGAAACUAUUCAGGGACGUUUCCAAGCGUUCUUCAAGGGAGAGACAAGUAUUGCAGCUGACGAGGCCUUUAAUAACGCAGUACAAAACUACUAUGAAGUUUUCCUGAAAAGUGAUCGAGUGGCGAGGAUGGUUCAGAGUGGAGCAUGUUCCCAACAGGAUUUUCGGGAUGUUUUCAAGAUAAAUAUAGAGAAGAGGGUUCGCAGCCUCCCUGAAAUUAAUGGCCUUAGCAAAGAAACUGUCCUCACUGCAUGGUUGAAUAAAUUUGAUGCAAUACUCCGUGGAGAUGAGGAUACGCGGAAACCUCAAAGUAGGUUACAGCAGAAUGUUGCCUCCGAACUGAUAUUGAGCAAAGAACAGUUGUAUGACAUGUUUCAGAACAUUUUGGGAGUCAAAAAGUUUGAACAUCAACUUUUAUAUAAUGCUUUACAGUUAGACUCUCAAGAUGAACAGGCAGCUGCUAUCCGGCGAGAGCUAGAUGGCAGAGUGCAGAAAGUCAAUGAAAUGGAAAAGAACCGGAAGUUGAUGCCUAAGUUUGUGUUAAAAGAAAUGGAAAUAUUGUAUAUAGAAGAGUUGCGUUCUUCCAUUAAUCAACUAAUGUUAAAUCUUGAAAGCCUUCCUGUUUCCAAAGGAGGAGCUGAUGGGAAAUAUGGUCUUCAAAAACUGAAAAGAUAUAAUCACAGUCGAUCAAGCUAUUUCUCAGCAUCUGCAAAUAUAUGGCCUGAAUGCAGCCCUCUUAAAAUCCUAAUGUGCCUGCAAGCUCCGCUAUGGAUUAUCAUUUACAAUGCAUUAGUCUUUUCUUUCACUUACAUGAGCCAAUCAUCAUUAUCAAAAGAAGCUUUAACUGGAGAAGACGGAGAAACUUCGCUCUCUAAGCUUGAUGUUGUUCUUUCAUUCACAUUGGAGGUAGUAGUUAUGGAAGUCAAAGGACUAAAAUCCUUAGCACCCAAUAGAAUAGUUUAUUGUACAAUGGAAGUUGAGGGUGGUGAAAAAUUACAAACAGAUCACGCAGAGGCCUCAAAACCGAUGUGGGACACACAAGGAGAUUUCACCACAACUCAUGCUCUGCCUAUAGUAAAAGUUAAAUUAUAUACAGAAAGCCCUGGCUUAUUAAGCUUAGAUGAUAAAGAAUUAGGAAAAGUAAUUAUUAAACCUACUCCACUGAGCCCCAAAACACCAGAAUGGUACAAAAUGAUUGUUCCUAAAAAUGCCCCCGACCAGGACUUGCGAAUCAAGAUAGUAGUCCGCAUGGAUAAGCCUCUAAAUAUGAAGCAUUGCGGUUAUUUAUUUGCGCAAGGAAAGCAAGUUUGGAAAAAAUGGAAGAAAAGAUAUUUUCUCCUGGUUCAGGUGUCACAGUAUACCUUUGCAAUGUGCAGUUACAGAGAAAAGAAAUCAGAACCGACUGAGAUGAUGCAGCUGGACGGAUAUACUGUAGACUACGUUGAACCAGUUCCUGAACUUGAAGGUGGGAGGUUUUUCUUCAAUGCGGUCAAAGAGGGGGAUAGUGUUUUAUUUGCCAGUGAUGACGAAAAUGAAUCUCAUUUGUGGGUAAUGGCGAUGUAUAGAGCUACGGGACAAUCUCAUAAACCUACACCACUUAUUCAGCCUCAAACCAGCAAAAAUUCCACCAUUUCGAGAUUGCAAGGAGAUGCUGAUCGUGCAAGGAAACAUGGUAUGGACGAAUUUAUAUCUGCUGAUCCAUGCAAGUUUAACCAUCACACAUUGUUUCGAACUCUCCAGACAACUACACUUGAUUAUCGUUUGAAUGAUCCAUACUGCUCUUUGGGCUGGUUUAGUCCUGGCCAAGUAUUUGUUCUGGAUGAGUAUUGUGCACGCUAUGGUGUCCGUAGCUGCUAUCGCCACCUAUGUUACCUGCAUGACUUAUUGGAUAGAGCAGAGAAAUCGAUUAUGAUUGACCCUACUCUAAUACAUUACAGUUAUGCGUUUUGUGCCUCACAUGUUCAUGGAAACAGUACUGCCCCACCUGGACAGGUUGCCACAGAUGUGAGGCCAGACGGCAUUGGAACUGUCACUGUAGAAGAAAAAGAUCUCUUUGCAGAAAUCAAGGAGCGAUUGCGAAUACUCUUAGAAAACCAAAUUACUCAUUUUAGAUAUUGUUUCCCAUUUGGUCGGCCUGAAGGAGCAUUGAAGGCUACAUUAUCUUUGCUAGAAAGGGUUUUAAUGAAAGAUGUGAUGACUCCGGCACCUCCUGAAGAAGUCAGAGCGGUUAUCAAGAAAUGUUUAGAAAAUGCAGCCCUCGUAAAUUAUACACGGAUUUCGGAACAGGCCAAAAUUGAAGGAACAGAAGCUGCAAAGCAGCAGCAGCAACAACAACAACAGCAGCAGCAAAUGCAAGAGGAGCAAGAAUCAGAAAUGGAUGAAAAUGCAUCUCCAAGCAAAAAACUUGAAGAUUUGAUUCAUCUAGCUGAAUUGUGUGUUGACCUUUUACAGCAAAACAAUGAAAAUUAUGCUGAGGCUUUUGCAUGGUUCAGUGAUCUUCUUGUUGAGCAUGCAGAGAUCUUCUGGUCAUUGUUUGCUGUAGAUAUGGAUACUGUUCUAGCUGAGCAACCACCUGAUACAUGGGAUAGUUUUCCAGUCUUCCAAGUUCUGAAUGACUACUUACGAGUAGAUGAAAAUCUAUGUGGUGGGCGAUUUCAUCAACAUCUUCGUGAUACUUUUGCACCUCAAGUUGUGAGGUAUGUUGAUCUGAUGGAAUCCUCCAUUGCUCAGUCGUUGCACAAAGGAUAUGAGAAAGAAAGGUGGGAACUCAAAGGACAUGGUUGCAUUACUUCAGAAGAUCUUUUUUGGAAGUUAGAUGCUCUUCAAUCUUUCAUCCGAGAUUUGCAUUGGCCUGAUGAAGUUUUUGGAAAGCAUUUAGAACAAAGAUUAAAAUUAAUGGCUUGUGAUAUGAUAGAAUCUUGCAUCAAUAGAACUCUUCAAGCAUUUCAGCAAUGGCAAAAGAAAGGUAGCAAAUGGACUAGUACAGAUUAUAUAGUUCCGUCUGAAAUGUGUGCUAUGAUAAAUGUAGUUCUUGAAGCCAAGAAUCAGUCUUUAAAGCUGUGUACUGUCGAAGGAGUAGACCUGCAUCAAUACCAUGCCAAGAUCGAUGAAUUGGUUGAUAAAAGCUUGAAUCAAAUGAUGACAGGGCUCAUUACGAAGUUGACAAGCAUAUUAGAGCUAACUUUAAACAAGUUAUCUCGUUAUGAUGAAGGUAGCCUUCUCGCACCUAUCUUAUCGCUCACAUAUAAGCAAGGUGUAUCUAGCUCGGGCAAAGAAGUCGGGUUAGCGUACAUCAACUUUGCUCGCAACAGCAUGGAGCAGUUGAGGCAGAAGGUUACUGAUGAGCUCUGGGUUCUUAGUUUGUUUGAGGAUUGGUAUGCUGCCCAAAUAUCAAUGAUAUGUACAUGGUUAUCUGAAAGAUUGGAUCACGGUUUACAUUCCUUCCAGUUAGCAGCUUUGUCUCAUAUAGCAAAAAAACUAUAUUCUGAUUUUGAGCUGCAAGGGAUAGAAGAAGAAAAAUUGAAUUCAAAAACGUAUCAAACUAUCACAAGUCGGUUACAACUAGAGGAAGCAACUGCUGCUGUUAAUGAUCCUAGUCAUAGAGAAAAAGAUGAUUCUGAGGAUUAUCCGGAUGGUGAAGAAGGAGCCAAGGGGAGGACUGUGAUGCGGGAUGAGGGAGCAGAAGGCUAUGUCAGUAGCAUUAAGAACGUCACCCAAAAUAUGGUCGGAAGAAUAUCUAAUUUGAGUCGUGGAGGUCUAGGUGGCUUAGCUAACAAAUUUUCUGGAGGCUUUCUCAAUUUUUAGUUGUUUUUUUUUUCCCCCACUAAGCAUGUCAAGAGCGAUAUCACUCCUCAGGUGUUUUCAAGCCCUCCAGACAAACACAGACUUUCUUUUUUGGGGCAUUUAUUGCAUUUAGACUUGCAAGGUUACUGUUAUAGUGUCUCUGCUUCCUGAGUGUACUUAACAGUCUAGGAAAAGUAGACAGAGAGCGUCUCUAGAGCAGGAUGCCUAUUUAGCAUUAACAAAACAAUAACAUUGCAUGUUCUUUUUAAAUGCCAAGGUGCCCCUAGGGUAGUGGCACGUUUACCUAGCAAAUAAAAUCCACUCUUUUGAAGUGAAAAGUGCGAUUUUAGCCUUUAUGCAUUUCUUCGUAUUUCUCUGUUUCACCGAUACGCUAUGUCCUGAGCAUGUACAGUAAUUCUUUAGACAUGAAAGGAAACACAGUGUGUUUUAUCACUGUUAGUUAAGAAAUUUUCGUUUUGUUGAUUGCUAGGCAGUCAAUCUCGAGUACAUGAAAUUAGAUUUAUUACUUUUCAAACAUAGAAACGGAUUCCGAGUCAUAGACAUCAUUCCAAUCUUUAGGGUACACAAUUUUAUGAUUCGUAUUCUUUCUUCUUAAUAGAAUUCUAUACAGUUUAAAAUGAUAGGGCUAAAAUUUAGAUGUUUUAAAUUGAUCUUACUUAUUAAUUGCUCUAUUAGAUACGUUACGGAUUCUAAUAAUCUGUUAUAAGGGGAAAAAGAAAUAAGUUAAUUUGAAAUGAAUUGUGUAAUGUUUGCAAGAUUCGUUCAGUCAUUUGUGUAUUGAAAGUUUUAUGAUUGUAUAGUUUUUAAUUGAUAGUUAAACAUUAUUAACUGUUGGACUUAAUUCUGUGGAGUUGACUUUUAUCUUAAAUAUUUGAUAUGCAGUAAUUAUUGCAGUUGUGAAUGAAUUAUAUAAAUAUUUUAGUAUUGUUUAUUUACUUAGAAUGAAAUAUAAUUUCAUGUAAUACUAUAAGCCUGUACUAAGCAAUAUUUGUGAUGUAUAUUUCCAUUACUCUUGGACAAUAUUCUUCUAAUACUCCUUAUAUAGACCUUGUAAAAAGAAUUUUUCCAGUGGGACUUUAAUGGUUUGGGAAAAUGUUUAGCAAUACUAUAUUUCAAGGACAAAAAUCAAAAAUCAGCGUCUGACCCUUCUUUAAAGAGACAGCUACUUAAGUAAGAACUGCCACAUACAUUAACAUGAAUCAAAUUUAAUAAAGUGAUCGAUUUAGCUCAAAAUAAAUAAGCUUUCCAAAUAGUUUGCUAAAUGAUAAAGGAAAGCAUGUUUUUUGCUACUGAUGUGGAUGCAAUUGAAAAAAUAUAAGCCUUAUAUUAAUCAUUUUGAUACGGCUUGCAACUUUCAUUAUUCCAGAAAAAGAAAGUAAAUAACAAAGGCUUAAAUGUAUCUGUCUUAUAAAGAAUGUUUAGUCUUGCUGGUCUCUAUAUUUGUCUUUUUAUGUAUGUUUAUAUUUUGAACAUACUCUCUUCAUUGCUAUCUGUACAAUAACAUGAAGUAUAUCUGAUGUAUUAUUUCAUUCAACCUACUGCAGUGCUGUUAAGACUAGUGUUUCUGUGUUCUUCAAUACUGCUAAGGUGCUGGACUCAGCAUUCUCUAAACAACGAAACUUAGACCAAAUUAGGGGUCACUCUUUAGUCUUUUGAAUAUUUCUCACCUAUGGAAACUUACCAUUUUCGGUAGGAUGUGUACUCCUUUGUUGUACAUUCGCCACUUAUCUACUAGUCCUGUGUGUGUUAGUUUUUCUCAUAGUGUGUAUUUUGCCUGUUCUCACCUCAUGUGCAUUUACUGUAUAUUGCCAGAAAGAUUAUAAUAAUUUUUUUUCAUUUAUUUUUUUAGUCUUUCUGUUAAUAGUUAUUUUUUUAUGCAUGGAAACUGUUGGAUUUUAACAGCGAGAUCAGUGAAUGAUGUCCUCAAAAACAUGAAUACAAAAAUAAAUAUAUUAUAAAUUUUGUUCUAAAUUUCAAAUAUAACAGUACUGAAAAAUCAGUAUCUGCAUUGAUAUUAUUAAUAAUAAUGUGCAUGUGUUAAGGACUAUGUAUGUGAUUAUUACAGUAUAAAAGCAUUUUGAUUAAAACCAUGACAUGAAAAAAAAUUGUAAAAUAAAAUGCUUUUAAAUUAAUUAAAUAAUUAAACUUAUACAAGUAGAUAGAUUUAAUUAAGAUAUAAAACCAAAUAUUUCCUAAAACAAUUUGGGAUUUUCAAUUAUUUUUUUAGUGUUUGCUUUAUUUGUAUUAACUAAUUAGGUGAAUAAUUCUUUGUUUUUCUUAAUGUAUACUUUUCUAUUUUUAAAAUUUUAUUAAUAUUGAAAUACAAGUCUAGUCAUAUACUCUAAUAAUUUCUGAUUUAUGUUCUAUUAUUUUGAUCUUUUUUUUAUUUAAAUGGGUUUCUGAAAUACUUUAAAUUAUUGUUUUAUUUUACUAGAUACUUUAAUCUUUGACUGGAGUAAUUAUAAUUUUAAAUAUCAAAAGGAUUGAACAAAAUAUGGUGAUAAUGAAUAGAUAAAUUGGUGAUAUGCUUCAAAAAGAAAUCAAAAUUUUUGUUUACUAAAUACUAAUAUUGAAUGGAAGUAACUGAAGUACUAUUGGACCAGCUUAGCUAGAAUUAGGAAAGGUUUAUAAGUGUGUGCAUUUGUUAUUAGAUUUAAAUAUUUUUAUACGUUUUUGUUACUUUUUGUUUUUAAACUUUUAUUUUUACAGUAUUAGUUUUUUUUUUGUUUUGUUAUACGCUUUUGAAAGAGAUUAUGUAGUCUCUUCUGUAAAAUAAACAAGAAAACAUCUAUGCAAAUGUACUGUUAGUUCACAUGUAAACUUUCUUCGUCUUUUCCUUUGUCGUUAUGUGCUGCCACCAUGUAAAAUACUAUACAACUUUUGUAACUUCUAUAGCAAUAAUGUCAUACUUGAAAGCAAUUUAAUGUGUCUUUGCUAUUUUUUAAUAGCUUUACCACUUUUCAUUUUAAGUUAUCUCGAUUAUUUUGUGAUAUAUUUGAAUCCCAUCCUCUUUUCUAGUCAUAUGUGUUAAUGAAUAUUAUUUUGUCAUCAUUAUGCAUUACACACAUACAUAUAUAUAUAUAUAUAUAUUCUUUGUACUUAUGUAUCAAUUUUGGCAAUGAAGCAUAAAGAGAUUAUCUAAUCCUGGUGGCAGCAAUUUAUGUUAGCAAAACCUAAAUCAUUUUGUAUUUAUGUCAAUGAACAUUAAAACUAGUCUAGUCUAAAUAUAAUCUUCAUAUUUUUCUUGCAAAGUGAAAAAAAUGUACAAUUGUUAUUUAUUAGAAAUUUUGUAGACUAAUUUGUAAAUUUUUAGUUCUUUGUAGUUUUUAGCUCUAAUAAAGUUUUUAAACUUCUGUUUCA